AAUAUUAUAAUAUACUCCAACCAAUUUUCUAAAAAUAAAAAAUUAUUAUAUAAUUUUUGUUCCUAUUUUUUAGAUAAUAUUUAAUUUAUUCCCCUUUUAUAAAUUAGUAUUAUUGUGUUGUAUAUUAUAAAAAUCACACUAUUUUUUUUUAAAUUUUAAUUCAGAAAUUUCUUUUUCAAAUACCAUCAACAAUCAAGAUCAUUGAAGAAAAACAGAAGAAUUAAUAUAGUUUUUUAAUAUAUAUAAAAUAAAAUGUCAGGAAAAAAUAGAUUAAAUAUUUUCCCAACUAGAAUGGCAUUGACAUCCAUGAAACUCAAAUUAAAGGGUGCUGUCACUGGUCAUUCACUUUUAAAAAAAAAAUCAGAUGCUCUUACUAUUCGUUUCAGAAAGAUCCUAGCUAACAUUGUCGAAAAUAAACAAUUAAUGGGUACAACCAUGAGAGAUGCCUCUUUCUCACUUGCUGCUGCCAAAUAUGCUGCUGGUGAUUUCUCAAACUCAGUAAUUGAAAAUGUAUCAACUGCAACUAUUUCAGUUAAAAUGACUACUGAAAAUGUAGCUGGUGUUCACUUACCAACCUUCGAAAAAAUUUCUGAAGGCACCGUUAGUAAUUCACAAGAACUUACUGGUCUUUCAAAGGGUGGUCAACAAAUCAAUAAAUCACGUGAAUCACAUGUUAAAGCUGUUGAAGCCUUAAUUGCUCUUGCAUCUUUACAAACCGCUUUCGUUACAUUAGAUGAAGUUAUUAAAAUUACCAAUAGACGUGUCAAUGCUAUUGAGUUUGUCGUCAAGCCAAAACUUGAAAACACCAUCAAUUAUAUUAUUACAGAGUUAGAUGAAAACGAAAGAGAAGAGUUUUUCAGAUUAAAGAAAGUUCAAGGUAAAAAGAAGAGAGAUUUGAAAGCUAAAGAAUCAAAGAGAGAAGAAGAAGCCAUUAACAAGAAGACCGUUGCUCCAGUUAACCUUACAAAAGUUAAAAACAUCCUUGAAGACGACGAACAAGCUGAUGAUGAUUUAUUAUAUGAAUAAAUAAUAUAAAAAAAAAAAAAUUAUAAAAUAAAAUAUAUAAAAAAAAAAAUAUAAUAU